AUGGGCGACUUUAAAGAAUUGCACGCCAUAGUCAUGGGAAAGGAUGCGCCGCAAUUCCAGACUGAUGCCGAGUGUCAACACAUUUCGUCUUACAUCUGGGAGCUCUUUUUCAAAGACUACAAUGAAAUAUCAACGGAUUUGAGGGCGCUCCAUGCGGAAGAUCAAAAUGCGCGAGCACGGCUGCACAGACUUGUCGACCAGUCUACGCGGUCAUCUCUGAACAAGAUUCGCGCAGUAUAUGGCAGCGGGGCAGAGCUUACCUGCAUAACCAAACCGGUCGAAGAAGUGCAAAGAUUGUCCUCUAUAACAGACUCGUACACUACAGGCAUAUCAAACAACUGCGAUGAAUAUUCAGCAAAUGUUGAAGAAUGUGAUAUCUCGAACGGCAACAGCGAAUUGUUAAACUCGAUGGAAGACCUCUACAGCGAAAUAUUACAGGAAGACGGGGAACAAAGGGUGCCGUUAUUAAUCGCAUACGAGGAACUUUUGCAUGACGUCUCCAAAGUGCGAGACAGCAAAAUGCUUCAAAUUCUAAAGUCUCGCGUGGUGCGAAUGAAGCAAGAAAUUCAGGAUGAGCUCUAUAAAGCAUUCAACAACAACGUCAAUACGACGCUAAAGAUAGUGUCUGAAAUCAGGAUGUUGGGUAUUUCGAACGACAACGAAAUAGCUGCAGGCUUCAUAAAAAAUCGCAGUGAAUAUGUCUCAGAAUGUUUAAAAACGGUGCAAAGCUUGGCUAAGGAAAGCAUUCACAGGGCGAUUCACGAGAUCACUCUUACGUUGAAAACAAAACUAUUGUCGAUCAUAGUUUGUUACACGGCCAUUUUCGGUUCUAUGGAUGCAAAUGUAACGUCUCUCAUGAGAACCACCAUCUUCCAAUUUCUCCACCUCAUGAAACAGGAAUUGCACGACGCGCGCGCAUCACAACUGAUGCCCAAACACGUCGCUGAUAUUCAGCAAGAAAUGCGAGAAAUAUCGCAUUCUUUUGAGGGUUUCGGACUUUCGUUCACACCUCUGUUACAAGAAAUAUUCGCAACAUAA